GGCGGGGCGUCCCCAGAGUCGGUGUCCGGGGAGACCCCGGGCGAGGUGGGCUCCUGCGGGGACUAGGGCGAGCGGGCUGGGGGCGGCUCGACCAAGGCGCGGCUCCCAGUGUGGCCCCCCCUGCCUGGCUUCCUUGCCAGCCCGCUGCCCGCUGGGUGCUGGCGCUUGAAGCGAGCAGAGAGUCUUAGGAAACUCUGGGCUUUGAAAACACCCGCUCCGGGAAGCACUUGCCUUUGCCCCGCGGAGAGCGGGAGCCGGAGCCUGGCCCCGGGAGCCGCGGGGGUGGCUGGCGGGUUCCCGCCGGAGUUAAAAGCAACUCCGAGAGUUGGUGUUCGCUUACUGGGCGGCCUCUCGGUCCCGCCAGUUAGUUCGCCGACGUCUUUGGAUAAAAAUGAUCUGCCGCGGAAGUUAGGCUUCUUCAUGACGAAUGAUUUCUAAAUUUUAUAAAACUUAUUCUUCAAAAGCCCCGUGUGCAGAAAAGUGUGACCGUUCCUCUCUAGGACCGCUGGGUGGCGCUAGUGCGAACCGAAUCAUUUUCCAGAACUCAGGGCCAAGAACCUGUUUCUCUUCAUUGUCCCCUUGGAGGCAUGUUCACGGGGUUUAUUUUACAUUGUGCACAAAAGCAUUGCAAGGAAAAUCAGGUACAGGCAGGGCCACUACCUAUUAAAAAUAGUUUUCUAGAAACAGUUGCCGAUUACCUUCAAAAGUUUAAUUUACCGUUAUCGAAAACUCUUACUGAGAAAGCCUCCUGCGAUCUUGGGGAGAGAGCUAGAAAAUAAACCCCAAAGUAAAAAGUACUUUUUAAGAUCUAUACAGAAUCUGAAAACCCCUUCAUGGCAGUGUAUUUAUUCGUCUCUGUGUUUAUUUGGGAACCAUGCUUUUUGGAAUCUUCAUAUUUAAGUCUAUCCAUCUCUUAGGUUUUCAGAAGGAGUUACAUUUGCUGAUGAACAUAAAUUUAAGAACAUCAAUACUGUGUGUUAGAUUACCAGAAACUCAGUUAUAUGUCAGGGCUCUGUAUUCCCUAACCACCUAGUUGUUCUCUUGAUUGCUAAUGACGAGGAUGCCAUUUGCUGAUGAUUUUAAUAGGAGCUCAGGCCACUUUCAGGGGUUUAAUUUUGACGCAGUCACCUCGGCCCACCAGAGAAGAUCCCUGUGGAAAGAGCUUUCUUACAUCUCAAAGCUGGGAGUUAGAAAGCAGAAUAGCGAGCGUUGAGAGAAAGCCUACUCCUCUGUCCCGGUCAGCAACAUGAACUCCGGCCUGGGCUCCAUGAACUCCAUGAACACUUACAUGACCAUGAACACCAUGACCACGAGCGGCAACAUGACACCAGCUUCCUUCAACAUGUCCUACGCCAACCCGGGCCUCGGGGCCGGCCUGAGUCCCGGGGCUGUGGCCGGUAUGCCCGGGGGCUCUGCAGGAGCCAUGAACAGCAUGACGGCAGGCGUCACGGCCAUGGGCGCAGCGCUGAGCCCGGGAGGCAUGGGCUCCAUGGGCGCGCAGCCCGCCGCCUCUAUGAACGGCCUGGGCCCCUACGCGGCCGCCAUGAACCCGUGCAUGAGCCCCAUGGCGUACGCGCCGUCCAACCUGGGCCGCAGCCGCGCGGGGGGCGGCGGCGACGCCAAGACGUUCAAGCGCAGCUACCCGCACGCCAAGCCGCCCUACUCCUACAUCUCGCUCAUCACCAUGGCCAUCCAGCAGGCGCCCAGCAAGAUGCUCACGCUGAGCGAGAUCUACCAGUGGAUCAUGGACCUCUUCCCCUAUUACCGUCAAAACCAGCAGCGCUGGCAGAACUCCAUCCGCCACUCGCUGUCUUUCAACGACUGUUUCGUCAAGGUGGCGCGGUCCCCGGACAAGCCGGGCAAGGGCUCCUACUGGACGCUGCACCCGGACUCCGGCAACAUGUUCGAGAACGGCUGCUACCUGCGCCGUCAAAAGCGCUUCAAGUGUGAGAAGCAGCCCGGGGCCGGAGGCGGGAGCGGGGGCGCCGGCUCCAAGGGUGGCCCCGAAAGCCGCAAGGACCCCUCCGGCGGCGCAGGGAACCCCGCCGAGUCGCCCCUUCACCGGGGGGUGCACGGGAAGGCUAGCCAGCUAGAGGGCGCGCCGGCCCCCGGGCCCGCCGCCAGCCCCCAGACUCUGGACCACAGCGGGGCCACGGCGACAGGGGGCGCUUCGGAGUUGAAGUCUCCAGCCUCUUCCUCGGCGCCCCCCAUAAGCUCCGGGCCAGGGGCGCUGGCAUCGGUACCCCCGUCUCACCCGGCGCACGGCCUGGCGCCCCACGAAUCGCAGCUGCACCUGAAAGGGGACCCCCACUACUCUUUUAACCACCCGUUCUCCAUCAACAACCUCAUGUCCUCCUCCGAGCAACAGCAUAAGCUGGACUUCAAGGCCUACGAGCAGGCACUGCAGUACUCUACCUACGGUGCCGCCUUGCCCGCCAGCCUGCCCCUGGGCAGCGCCUCGGUGGCCACCAGGAGCCCCAUCGAGCCCUCAGCCCUGGAGCCGGCCUACUACCAAGCAGGAAUCGUCCCGAUGAAAGUUACCAAGGACUCCUUUAUUGAAACCCCACAGGAUCUCCGCUUGAACACCAUCUCCUUGGGGAAGCCUUCCUUAAGCUCAGAGCACAGUAAGAUCCCAUCUCACUUGUUCUGCAAAGACCAUCCCACUGCACGACAACUAUUUACAGCUAUUACUCAUUCAGGACUGGAUGGUAUGAGGAGAGACGCUGUCUUAUUUAACUUUGUAUCACUAGCAUCAGGUGUGCUACUGACUUAAUUAUUAUCCAUUGGUAAUAUGCCAGUGGUGAUCUGAAUGAGGCUGGCCCCCAUAGGCUCAUAUAUUUGAAUACUUGGUCCCCUGGUUGGUGGAAGUGUUUGGAAAGGAUCAGGAGGUGUGGCCUUGUUGGAGGAGGUGCAUCACUGGGGCUGAGCUUUGAAGUUUCCAAAGACUCAUAUGAUACCUAGCGCUUUCUCUCUACUUCCUACUCUUGGAUCCAGAUGCAACUCUCAGUUUUUCCUGCCACCUUGCCUUUGCUCUGCCAUCAUAGAUUUUAACUGUCUGAAACCAUAAAUCCAAUUAAAUACUUUCUCUUAUAGGCUGCCUUGGUCAUGGUGUUAUUCCACAGCAAUAGAUGUAACUAAGAAAAUUCCCCCAUUACCUCUUUCUUUUAAUCCUUUCUGCAAGAAAUACACAAAAAAAUAAAACAUUUCUAAAUAUAACAAAAACAAAAGCUGUUCAAAAUAUGAACAGAAUAGACAUUUCCUCCAAGAACAUCCUUUUUUCUUAUACUGUACAUAAAUUAUUUUGUAACAAAUGAUUAAUAUAUCAGUUAAGUCCUAGAUGCUUUAAGGUUGGUUUUCUUAUCUUUUAGUUUCUCCCAUCACCACAGCUCAGCAACCAACUUCUUUUUUUUUAAGGGGGGCGGGGACGGGGGUUGGGUUCU